CAAAUAUAAUUAAUUCUAUUCUGACUAAACAAUUCCAGUCAGAAAGACGUAAAAACAAGUGCCGUAGCGUGCAUAACAAAGCGUAAUAUAUUGCGUGUGUGUGUUUCAAAUAACAAAAGAAAAACGAAUUCCAAGAAUAAAUAAAUUUAUUGUUUUAAGAAAGCAUUCAACUUAACACAUCUCUUUUCAUCACAAUGCGUCCAGUAUUAGCUUUGCUGGCUUUGGUAGCCGUAACACAAGCCGUUUCAUUGACUGAAGUCAUUAAAGAGGAAUGGCAUGCGUACAAGUUGGAACAUCGCAAAACCUACAACAAUGAUAUGGAGGAACGUUUCCGUUUCAAAAUUUUCACCGAAAAUCGUCACAAAAUUGCCAAACACAAUCAAUUGUAUGCCACCGGCAAGGUAUCGUACAAGCUGGGCUUGAACAAAUAUGCCGAUAUGUUGCAUCAUGAAUUCAGGGAGACCAUGAAUGGCUACAAUCACACAUUGCGCAAGGCUUUGCGUGAACAAGGUGUGGUUGGUAUGACUUUCAUUCCCCCUGCCCAUGUGACUGUACCCAAGACUGUUGAUUGGCGUCAAAAGGGUGCCGUUACACCGGUAAAAGAUCAAGGUCACUGUGGCUCAUGCUGGUCCUUCUCAUCCACCGGCGCUUUGGAGGGACAACAUUUCCGCAAAACUGGUGUCCUUGUCUCGUUGAGUGAACAAAAUUUGGUCGAUUGUUCAACGAAAUAUGGCAACAAUGGCUGCAAUGGUGGUCUCAUGGACAAUGCCUUCCGUUACAUCAAGGAAAACGGUGGCAUCGAUACCGAAAAAGCCUAUCCCUAUGAAGGCAUUGAUGAUACCUGUCAUUUCGACAAGAAUGCCAUUGGCGCCACCGACACCGGUUUCGUUGACAUUCCCGAGGGCGAUGAAGAGAAAAUGAUGCAAGCUAUUGCCACCAUUGGCCCCGUGUCCGUUGCCAUUGAUGCCUCCCAUGAAUCAUUCCAAUUCUACAGUGAGGGAGUUUACAAUGAACCAGCCUGUGAUCCCCAACAAUUGGAUCAUGGUGUCUUGGCUGUGGGCUAUGGUACCGAUGAAAACGGCAAUGAUUACUGGUUGGUCAAGAACUCUUGGGGCACAACCUGGGGUGAUAAGGGUUUCAUCAAGAUGUCCCGUAAUAAACAGAAUCAAUGUGGUAUUGCCACCGCCUCCAGCUAUCCUACCGUCUAAACGAUUUUAAUUUUAUUUUCAUUUUGUUUCGCCCAUUCGAUUUUUUUUUUUUUUUAUUUCGUUUUUAGUUUGUAUUUUUUGCGUUCUUAUUUUUUUUUAAUAGGGUAAGUGUGCCUAAGUUCGGCAUGUCCCAGUAGUCGGCACUUUUUAUUUUUAAGCCCAAAUAAAUGAAACUUUUAUAACUAAA